AAUCGAUACCUUGUGUAGGUUUAGGCUAACUUUAUUUUUCCAUGCUCUUGUUUAUUAUUGAGGUGCUCCUUGUAUUAUCUGGUGAAUUUAUUUUAAUUUUAUAACAGUAAAUUUAUUAAAUAUAGUUUAACCUGAUCGUUUAUUCUUAAAGUUAAAUAUAUUAUGGAUUCAUUAAUCAAACUAACCGCCUUUCACUCAAAUGAAUGUUGUUCCCAGCUGUAAAGACUUUCUUAACACUCCGUAAGAUAUUGUAAAAAGUUCAGGCUUUCAUUAAUCAGUACCUAUGUGACCUUGAUAAGAUUGAAAUGAAUAACAAGGAGCCAAAUUUCGCAAAUUUACGCUCUCAGACUCGGCGUAUUAACGACACAUCUUCCUUCCAUGAUGAGGAUAAGGAAAAGGAUGAGUUGAGAGGUAGACCAAUGUUGGCGAUUGAAGAUCGGCAUUUUAAUAGUGACUUUCAGGGGGAUAUGAAAAGAUUGGAAGCAGAUGAUUACAAUGAAGGCCUUGAUGCUGGUUGUGAACAUGAGCUCUCUAGAAGCUCCAGAAGCUCUAGCACGGAUCAGGAUAAACAUCUAUACAAAUCAAAACAAGGACCAACAACCUUUUCUCAAAAUAAUCAAAGUCAAUCGUCAAAUGAUAAAGUAUUGACUUGUAGAGUCUGUGGUUAUUCUCAUAAAUGGCCGCUUAUUAUGAGUAAUCAUUUGAGAAUUUUUCAUAAAUUGCAAUCUCCUUUUGAUCAGUAUAUUCAAAAAAUUCAGGACGAAAAUAAUAUACCUCAAUCUUCUGAUAAAUUAGUGAAUCCUAAUCCUACUCAGAACUAUAAGUGCAAGCUAUGUGAUAUAGCAUUUGAAUUUGUCGGAGAUUUAACUGAACACAAUGAAGAGCUACACUCUGAUUUGGUAUGGGCUUGUAAUAUGUGUUCCUUUUCUAAUAAGUGGCAACAAUUAGCGAUAUCUCAUUUGAGAAGUGCUCAUAACUGUCAUCCGCCUUACAUUGAGCAUUUAACGCGGCGAAACUCGGAUAAAACUCCAACGUUGCUUAAACAUUUACAAGCACCAGCGGAAAACACUGGAUCUCAACCUAUUGUACCAUCAACAAGUACGUCUAGUUUUAAAGAGGAACCGAAAAACACUAACAAUAACAAUGCUAUCGAUAACAACAAUGAUAAUAGUGAUGAAGACAACAAAAGCUCAGUAUACACCAAUAACCAAACAUCAAAUGAAAGUAUACUUAAAGAAACAAAGAUAGCCACGAAAGACUGUUACAGAAAAUUAGAAGGUGAUCAAUACCAAUGUAAAACGUGUAACAAAACGUGUGGUAGUGCUCAGGGGAUAACUGAACACUACGAGGCGUUUCAUUUAGGUAUGAAUUAUCGAUGUCGUUUAUGUGGUUUUACCGAUAUUUGGAGAUCAAUGUUGACUAAACAUAUUAAACAAAAACAUCAACUUGGUAAGCCUUAUGAGCAAUACUUAAUACGAGUCAAACUUGCGACAAAAAGGACAUGUUCUGAAACUGCACCGAUCUCAAAAAGGCAUCAUCGACGAAAAUCCCAUCUAAAGGCUGCAUUAGAAGCUCCAAAACCCAUCUCAUCAACUAAAACAUCCCGAAGAAAAUCACGCAAAUCAAAAGGUUUUAAUCAAUAGUGGAAAAUUAAAUGUAUCCUGUUCCGUAAAAUUUAUAAUACCCUUGAAUAAGCUGAAUAUAUAAUGAAAAAAAGAUUAGAUACCAAGUUUUACGAGUAAAACGGUAAUCGUUUUGUCCUUCCUUCUUCUUUUCCCCGAAAACAGCCGUCCUUUAGCCUGAUCAAGUUGAUUAUUUUUAUACGCUUGUGAUCUCUCUUUAAUAAAAAUGUGCCUAAAUAAAAACGAAAAAAUGGAGACAAGUAAA